AUGGAGCUGCCUCAAGACGCGCGAAGCGUUUCCAUCUCGGCAGAUAACCGCAGUGCGCAACUCCAUUCCCUGUUCACAGCCCCUAUACUUCAGACGAGCCCCUAUGCCAUCCUGGAUCCCACGCACAGCAGAGGGUCCGAGUUUUCUAGCCGCUACCCGCAGGGGCAUGGCAAGGCGAUGCCACCCAAGGCCGAGGCCAAGGAGGGCCCGGGGCACCGGCUGCUGAAGAUGCUGAGAAAAACUCUUAAAGAGCCUGAGAAUAAAGAACUGGAAGUGGCACCUGAGAUGCCAACUUUGGUGCCAUUUGGGGAUGUGGUUGGCUGCCUGGCUAUUCAUAUAAAGAACUGCAGAUAUUUUACGCCCAAGAUCAUUUUAAAACCCUAUUACACUAAUUUGUUCAUUCGCAUCACUAUCAACAAUGUUGUGAAAUGUACAAAAAUGUAUACCUUGUUAUCCAAAGGCAAUGAAAAAAACAUAAUUAAGUUUGAUGAAGUGAAAUAUUUUUCUGUACAGGUUCCCAGACGUCCAGAUGAUGCACGGAAUAAUAUUUACUUGGAACUAAUGGAAUAUGAAGAUACAGAAAAAUAUCCUGUUUUUUUAGGGAGUGUUCAGGUACACCUUUAUGAAGUAAUUCAGAAAGGAUGCUUUACUGAAGAAUUUCAAAUUUUGAAUAAAAACACGUUUGUCUGCAGGGUACAGGUAGAAUUUAUGUUCUCCUAUGGAAACUUUGGUUUUGGAUUUUCACAUCAGUUAAAACCUCUUCAGAAGAUUAUCGAGCCAUCCAUGUUUAUGAAUAUUGCACCACCUCCAGAAAGAACAGACCCUGUGUCAAAUGUCAUUGUACCACAGCCAGUAGAAUAUCCAGCAUUCUUAUCCCCAGACCUGAAUGUUACUGUUGGGAAGCCUAGUAAAGCAUCAAGUAAAUCCAACCAGCCAUCUGUUGUGCGACUUGAAAAACUUCAGCAACCACCCCGGGAAAGGUUGGAAAAAAUGAAAAAAGAAUAUAGAAAUUUGAGUACAUGGAUAGAAAAAGCUAACUAUUUAGGAAACAUUCUUACCCCAGCAUUGGAACAUAAAGACACUGAGAGAAGUAAUACCAGUGAUGUACUUGGAAGCCUGACUAAUGAUCAACUGAAAGAGAAGACUCAAACAUCAGAUGCCCCUCUUAUAAACGAGGAAGUUGAAACUGUUCCAAAGAAGCUACUGGAUAAUAAGACUCUGCCAACCCUGACUCUGCCAACUUUGAAGCUAUUGCACCAAGAUGAUUUAAAUGCCAUUCCUGCUAAAAGUGAUGAAUCAGAAAAACAAACAUACCCACCACCCACAGACCCUCCAUUGUUCACUAUUCCAACAAUAGAAGAGAAAAAAAUACCAUCUUCAGAUGAACAUCAAUUUUCUCCACCAGAAGUAAAAUUGGAAAAUAGAUAUCCAAGCCCUGUUAAAACAGAUUCAUCUCCACCAGAGGUGUUUUUUUCACCAGAACAACUCACAUCACCAUCUCUCAGACCAAGACAUAUAGAAAGCAAUACACAAUAUCAAUUCCAGACAUUCAACAUCAAGGACGGUUUUGAUCCUUUUUUAAGGAAUAUAAACAACAAAAUGUCAGUCAGAAAAAGGAAAGACCAAGAUAUGCCCAAAUGUAGAAACAUUUUAAGUGCAGAGGUUAUAGAGCAUGAAGACCAAGAUCCUCCUUACCCAGCACAUUCAGAAAAAACUGCAGAACCUACUAAUAAAAUCUGGGCUUGUUAUCCUGAUAUCACAAUAAAGCCUUUAGACACUAAAUUAAAAGGAAGACCACCAAAUGUAACUUUACCAAAUUUUGAAGGAGAAUCAUCAAUGACUGCAAAUGUAGAUACAUGUCACCUCUCAAAGUCAUUAAAUCUUAGCUCCCAUGUGGAAAAUUUAAAACAAUCAAUGCUGCUUAAGUCAAUUUUAAGUAAAAACCUACAGGACCGUUUAGAUGAAUUAUUUUCUAAACCAGAAGUUCCUAUGGACAUUGAAGCAAGAAAGAAAAGCCACAGAUCUCAAUUUCUGAGUGUUCAUGAUAAACCAACAAGUAGUUUAGAAGACAAAGUAUCAGAAAAAAGCCAAGACUUAAAAAGCUGGCUUCCAGAAAAAGAUAUUUUAAAUUCAAAGUCUCUUUUAAGUCAAAUAAUUAAAGACAUGCCUACAGAUUCACUUUCAGAAGGUGGAUCAGGAAAAUCUACAGAGGUAGAAAGGGAACACAGCUCUGCAAAAGACUUAGAGGCUGGCGUACCAGACUAUGUUAUAAAGCAAAUAUUCACCUCAGCCAUCUUCUCAGAGACGGAGAAAGGAGUGAAAGUGCCAGGUGGGACGAAGCUGAAUGUGCACGAUCAACUACCCACAGCUUGGGAGAGAAGUUUGCCUUCGCAUAAUGGGGCUCAGUGUGAAAAAAAAGACGAUGACCAAGAAUUGUCAGAGUCCAAAUCUGCUAUAAAUCGGAUAAUGCAAGCAUUUCCUGUAGAUGCUCUUUUAGAAUCUGGGUUAAUCAAAGUGACAGAAUUAGAUAAAGAACACCAAGAGAGUUCUUCGGGGGACUCAGAAAAAGGCUUUCCUGAUGAAAAGCCAAACUAUUCCACAAAGGAGUAUUCAAAAAUCAAAACAGAACCUCUUUCAGAGCAGAAUAUACCCUCCAUUCCCAAAGAAGCCACUUGUGCUCUCAAUACAAUUGAAUCUGUAGAGGAAGGUCAAAAUAUACCCCCACAAGAUUCAAAACAUCAUUCAAUAUCAGAUAUAAAAACAGAUUUGCCAAGGAAUGGUCAGAGGCUUUAUAAAGAAGAAAAUGAUCUUAAUAAUACUUUGGAAAAUUUAAGCAACUUGUUAAUGGAUAAGCUUAGUGAGUCAGAUACAAUAAUAUUAAAAUCCUUUUUAAAAUGCAUCCUCAAUGUUUUUUUCAAAUAUGGUCAGUCUGAAAGAAGACAACCAGAAAGAGAAUUACAAAGAUUAAUUCAACAUUCUUUUACAAAUGACACGGAAGACCCUGAAGAAAUCAGAGAGAAUUUUGACAAAGUCGACAAAUUAGACAGAAAACCUAUUUUGAACCCAAAGCUGCAUGUAUUUCUAGAAGAACUCUCAGAAUCAGAAAUAAAAAAUUUUAAAGCUGAAUUAAGUAAACAUAUCCAGCAUUACCUUGUAGAAAGACUUGCAGAAUCAGGACAUAUCACCGAGGACGACUUACCAAAAAUCCAUCAAAAUCUUUAUUUGCUUAAUGAGAAAUCAGAACCAAGAGGGCAAGACAUUUUUCGAGAAAAAUAUUCAGAAACUGUGAAAGAAAUCAUGUCUUUUAUACAUAAUUUUCAUCAUCAUUUCAUAGAUAAACAUUUAGAAAUAAAGCUAUGCUCCUUUUUAAGUGAAAUUCUUCAAAACUAUUUCCUAGAAAAUCUUUCAGAAAGCAAGUUAUUUAAAGAGACAGAACCUGUGAGUAUACUCUCAAGCACAUCUUCUCUCAGAGCUAAAAGUGCCUCAAUAUCUUUACAGGACUCAGGACAAGAUAUUUCAAGAGGGAGUUUUGGUAGAAGGCUUGAAAUAAACACGAAAUUUCCUUUAAACAAAUCUCUUCAAAAUUAUCUUACAGCUUUAUCAGAAAAUGAACUAUUAAAUCUAAAAGCUGAUUUAAGCAAACACCUCCAGAGCUUUUUUUUUGAAAAACUUUCAAAAUCCGGACUAACCACAAAAAGGCAAUUAGAGAAGAUCGACCAGCAUAUAAAUUUGAUUAAUUCCAGUUCUACGCCAUUAAAAUGUAUAAAGACAGAUUGGCCUUUUAGAGAUGAAAGUAAGCUUAUAGAGGAGCACUCGGAGAAGCAAACUAAAUACUCAAACAUUGCUCAAAAGAACACUUUACAAAAGGUUCCUGAGGGUAGACUUGUGGAAACAGAACUGAUCAGAAAGGAAGAAAAAGAAUAUUUUCCUUUGCACAAUCUUAAAGAAAAUCUGUCAAUAAUUAGGGAACAGAAAAGAUACUACUCUAAAGAAGGAGCUAAAACACUAAGUUUAAUAAAAGUUCAUUCUUCUUCCAACAAAAAUGUACCAGAGAUUCCAUUAAAUAAGUCACCAGAAAGACUUACAAAUAUAACGUUUAAGAAUCAAAGGAAAGAACAUGACUUCAUACAGUUUCCUCGAGCAGAAAAUUCUAUUUGUAAAGCAGAGACUCAAGACCUAUAUAGCUGGGGUGGUAAAUCAAAAAUAAUUCAAUCAAACACUUGCUUUGAAAGGACACUGAACAUGAUGUCCCUUGAAAAAAAGGAGCAUGUUAACAUCUAUAAAUUGACCUCAGAGGAAAAACCUGAAGCAGGACUGUCACCAUAUCCAAGAGUUCCUAAUUGCAAAAUGCCAGAUGAAGAUGAGUACUCAAACAGACUCACUUUUCCUUCACGGCAGAGUCACACUCUAACACAGUUCAACUCAGAGGCGGGGGAGACAUCAAAAUUAGAAGACCGGUAUUGUCAGAGAUUGAAAGGAAAUAAUAACAAUAAAAAACAACAUUCAGUAACAUUUGCAGAAUACAAGAAUGAAAUGCAAACCCAUUAUAAAAAAACAGCUGAAAUUUGCAGUGAAAAAUGUGCCAACGUCCUUGAAUCACAAUCUUUUCAAUAUAAUGUUUUAGAAGUUGACAAGUUCUCAAAACUAUCCCUAUUCCCAGAAGUAUUAAAGAGAGACAGUCUGAAGCCCAAGAUCAGAAAAGAAAGAGAUCAUGCUGGCAAACAAAAGAAGUCAUUUAGCAAGAUAGUUAAGAUACUACCAACCACACUGCCCCCAGCAAAAAUCCAUCUAAAGAAAUCUAUUCCAAGGACAUUGCUUCAUUGGACUGCAAGAACAACAACACAUGAUUGUUCGGAUAAAUUUGAGGAUUUACCGGUGGCCUCAUUUAAGCCUCUUGAAAAAACAAAAUCAAGGACAAGGCUUUUAGGGAAGAGACCAGCUGAUAGCCCAAAUCAAUCAAAACACUCUGCCAGACCGCAUACUGCUCCAGGGGUUAACAAACGACAGGAAGGCUGCAAUGGAAAACUUGAAAGUCCUCGACUGGUUUCAGCAGGCUUAGUUCAUAUAAGUGAUACAAUCUCGAAUUAUGAAAAGCGUAAAGCGCGGCAAAAAAAUCAAUUAAAAGAGAAUGUUGAAAAAUGUUCGCUUAUUUGUGAUAUUAUCCAAAUGUUAAACACUUCAGAGUGACAUAUGAGGCC